AUGGCAAAUUUCAUCAGAUUCUCUGCUUAUUUGUCUUACUUCUUCUUCCUCUCUCUAUUAUCUCAAAAAAUCAUGUCCCAGCCUCAACACAUGCACACUUUCUGCGACGAGUUAUCAGAAAACUUCAAACAAACCAGCCCAUACAAAUCAAACCUUGAUACCCUACUCUCCUCUCUCCGCGACCGUUCCUCUCUUGGAACCUAUUCCAAUGUCACAAUCGGUAUUAGCCCCGACACAGUCCAUGGCAAGUUCCUCUGUAGAGGAGAUAUCACCAAAACAUCUUGUUCGGACUGUGUCAAGACCGCAACCCUAGAGAUCACUAAAAACAACUGCACUUCUAAAAAAAAUGCUAUAAUAUUCUAUGAGGAGUGUAUGGUUCGAUACUCCAAUGUCUCCUUCUACAGUCUCGUAGAAAGCGGACCUUGGUCCGCUAGAUACUCUCUCGAUUCUUUUCCUGAUUCCAUUUUCAACCCGUUCCAACAAACUUUAUCUAAUAAGGUAGAGCAGCUAAUUAUCCUCACAGCAUCAAAGUCUUCUUUGUCUUCUUCGACGCCGUAUUAUGUGAGGGAUAGGGGACAAGUGAAUCAAUUCGACGAAUAUUCGUAUACAUUAGACACAAUGGUUCAGUGUAGUCCUGAUCUUGAUCCAGCAAAUUGCAGCGUAUGCUUGAGACUUGCGGUCCAAGGAAUAUCACACUGUUGCAAGAAUGCUCGUAUAGCUCAAUUAUAUAUUCCUAAAUGUUUUUUAAGGUAUGACACAGCCGGGUUGCCAAUUGCACAGUCACCGAGUGGCUCAUUCUCUGUUAAAACUAUGGAAGGUGAGCAUAAUACUGAUGCUUGUGGUGCAGCCAGAAAGGGGAAGACAAUAGUGGUCGAAGAGCAACAUGGAGCACCCAGAAGCCAAAGCCAUGAUGGAAAGGAUAAUAUACCACAAGCAUCCAGCAAUGAAAAUGUAUGGAACCUCAACUUUAAUGGGAUGCAGAGAUGUGGGUAUAAUCCAGAAUUCUCACUUGACUGCAAACAUGCUGCUGCUUUUGGGGUUAAUAUAUAG